GCGUUUUGAGAGAUGAGACUGAGAGCAGCAUCUUUAUUCGUGCGCCAUGUCCAUCAGAUGCGAGCAUCCGAUUGGUCUUGGGCAUCGCUGAUUGAUGCGCUCCAUGAUCUAAGAAUGGCGCGCCCGAAACUUCCGACAAACGUGGAACUCGUCGAGCAGGCGGGCGCCACGCCUCGGGAAUUGCAGACGACGCCUCGUGGCGCUUGCGGUGUCUUAGUGGCCUGGCUCCGCGGGCGAUGGAACCAAGCGCGAUCGACCACGCCGGACGUCUGUGUCGCCACGAUCGGCGCGCCGCCUGGCGUAUCUAACACAUACGCACCAACGAAAAGAACCUCGCGCGGGCCUGUUGAAGUAGCUAAAGGGCGGCGGCGCCGCCCUUCUCCGAGUUUUGUCGCGGGCUCCCGGAUCUCGUGGGCUCUUUCAAGCCAGCGCCGCGACGGCCGUGGCGCGCGCGGGCAUAGCAGACGCGGCGCAUUGCCCUUGCCCGCCCGGGCCGCGCUGCGCGCACCCCGCCGGGCUGUUCGGGCGUCUUGCACCCC